ACAGACGGACAGGAGGACCCUGAAGGGCUCUCCGUUUGUUUGUGCGCGGUCACGUGAUUAACGCGUCCUCCUCUGUUCUGGUUGAAACCGACGGAAAGCUGCUGGAGGUCUGUCGCCGUCCUGCGGGGAGACAGACACCCUUCAGCCGCCGCACAGUGAGCGUUUCACCCACACUCAGCUCCACACUUUGAUCCCGGUAUGUCCACUUUCUGUGUGCUGAGGACUCGCUGCUUCCUCCGGCAGGUCUCUCCCGGCCUGCGCGCCGCCGCCGCCAUGCACAGACACUACAGCCUGGACGUCUCCGCGCCGUUACUGCGGACAGACAGCUACGUUAACGGGCACUGGGUCCCCGCAGCCUCGGUGUUUCCCGUCCUGGAUCCGGCCACGGGAAAGGAGAUAGCCCGGGUGUCAGACUGUGGCCCAGCGGAGGCCAAGCAGGCUGUGGACGCUGCAUACAAGGCGUUUCAUUCCUGGAAGCAGUACACGGCUAAGGUACUGCCGCCCUCUUCGCGGAACCGAAUUCGCAAAAGCAGUGAAUUAAAAAUAAAUGUUGUAUUUUAGUCACAAAAACAGGAAAACACUCAGAUCAAGUUUUGCAUUAAUUCAGAUAAAAUAAUUAAUUCGGCGUCUGCAGAAUUCACCUCUAACGAAGUGUUGAAAUGAAAUCUCAUGAUUCUGCUGUGCUUCUCAUCGCCUGAGCUGUUCACAAAUAUUAUGAGCAGAAGCAACUUUAAAAUCUUUUUAUUCCAGACAAAUUGCAGAUUGUUAGAUUGUCAUAUUUGUCGAAGAGAUGGGAGUAUCUGGAAGAUUGAAGAAACGUGCAUGACGUGUUGUAAAAUGUUCGUAUAAGUCGUAAAAUAAAAUAGUAUCAAAAUGCAUAUUUUUUAUAAUGGAGUUUGGCGUGCAGUCUGUGAAUGGCAGGCGUAUUUCUGUAACUUAGCAGCUGCGUGUCUGGACUCUUUGAUGAAGUGAAAGCAAACUAGAGCUGAACCUGUUAGAAAUCUAUUCAUUUUAUCCAAUUCAUCAUUUUAACAUUAAAUUUAACAAACUCAUAAAAUCAUUUCUGUGGUAAUUUAAGUUUAUAGAGGCUAAAUAUUAAUUCUUUUCAGACUGAACAAAAUGAAACAAGAACAGUGGCAGUUCUGUGAGAAACACUAUUUUUUAGAUUAAAGUUAGAUAGCUAUGCCAAAGACUAGAAAUAUUUAUAUUUUUAAUUUUCUGCAUUUAAAAUUGAACAAAACUCAUUUUUCAAAGCAGCUCUACUGAUAAUAUGUAUGUAUUCUUAAUCUGUGACAUCAAUCAUGUUGAAAUAUAUAUUUACAUUUAUUGUCAAAAGUUAAAAUGCUACCACCGGUGUUAGUUCUUGUGUCGUAUGUUACUGUGUAAAUGACAGUAGUAGCAGACGUGGGAGUUUGACCUUCAAGUUUCCGUUCAGUAAUCAUCCUGUCUGUCGGGUCAAACAGUAAUUAAACACUCACUGCUCAACCUUCACAGCAGAUAAAGUCCAACUUCGAUUGGCAGCCAGAGAUGAAGUUUUCUCUCCGAGCAGAUUUACAAACUUUUCAUGAGUGAAAAAAUAAUGAUUUCAUUGGAACAUGACUCCACAGGACCAUCGUGGUGUUCACGUAGUGAUGGAUUCAUCAGAGAAGAACAGGACAUGUAACAGCCCUGAAAAACACCUGUAGUAUCAUCAUCAUCAUCAUCAUCAUCCAGUUUUCUGUUCAUGAGUCUGUGGAGAGUCUCAGUUUCUCUGUAACUCUGGUUUCCUGUUCAUCACUCAGAUCAGUGUCUCAGUGUUGAUGUUGAAUUGUUCUCGACCUUCAUGCAGAUAUCUUUUCAUACAGAGACACAGAUCCUCCUCAGGUUAUACUUGGAUGUAGAAAACCUAACACUGUCAUAGUUGUAGAAGCUGCUGUCAUACGGUCAGUUUGAAUGACAGCUGUGGUUUGAUGGCGGGGGUCAAAGUGACCUUAAAAUGACCUUUAAGGACCCCGUCUGUGUAGAGCUGAAGAGUCCACUUCCACUCUGUCGAAUAUUAAUCUGAUAUUUUCAAAUCUCACAGAAACCACGAUAAUCCGUCACUCUUCACAGGAAGCAGCUCGUGCCAAGUUUCUCCAAACUUUAACUCUGAAUCAAAACAACAACAAACACGAUGAAAUCUGUGACCCUGACUCUCUGAUGUGAUCUGAUUGGUCGUCCUGCAGGAGCGGAGCGUCCUGCUGAGGAAGUGGUUCGACCUGGUGACUCAGCACAAAGAGGACCUGGCCAAGCUGAUCACGUUUGAGAGCGUGAGUAUCCGAGGUCGAAACACUCCGCUCUGAGAUACCUGAUUUUAAAGCUGCUACUAAAGUGUGUGUGCGUGUGUGUGUGUGUGUGUGUGUGUGCGUGUGUGUUACAGGGAAAGCCCCUGAAGGAGUCUCUCGGGGAGAUCGCGUACUCUGCCUCCUUCCUGGAGUGGUUCUCUGAGGAGGCUCGGCGAGUUUACGGAGACAUCGUCCCAUCGCCCGCCAAAGAUCGAAAAAUCCUCCUCCUCAAACAGCCUGUGGGCGUGGCCUCCAUCAUCACGCCGGUGAGCAGCCAAUCAGAUCUAUUUAGACCCUUUAGACGCUCUUUUAGUCCAAUCAGAGUCUCUGUUUCAGUAUUAACAAAGUUUCCUGAAACGGCACAAACACGACUCAGGGGUCAUGGUCAUUAGGUUUACUGGCAGGAAGUGGAUUCGUAGUUAUCGCUCAAUCAGGAGGCGUAACUACGCCAGGAGGCAGAAAGCCGUCUUCAGCUCAUUUCUGUUCGUCCAGCUACGAGAAAUUUGAUUUGAUGUGAUUCAGGUGAAAAAAACGUGUUUCUAUGAAGUUUAAAAGUCAAUUCUUCGUUAAAAUAACUCGAUCAUUCGCUGAGGUGACAACAUGCAGGGCUCACCUGUCGCUCGAGGUUCAUUUCUGCCGUAACAUUUACAGCUGAACAUUUAAACAUGGGGCUCUUUGGCUGUUGACUCACUUUUGGACAGCCCCCAGUGGCCGUGAGGUGAACUGCAGUUUUCAACACUUUGCCUUUUCGUUCUGGAGUAAAACGUCUCGGUAACUUCCAGCUCCAGUUAAGUUUUAAUUAUCCGUCUAAAAACAACGAAGAAGAAAUCGUGACGAGGCAGAAACCCGAAGUGUUGAAGCUCCGAUGAGAGACAUGAACUCGUGUUUUUCCACAGUGGAACUUCCCCAGCGCCAUGAUCACCAGGAAGGUCGGCGCCGCUCUGGCUGUCGGCUGCACGGUGGUGGUCAAACCGGCGGAGGACACGCCGCUGUCAGCGCUCGCUCUGGCUGAGGUCAGGACCCUCUGCUUCUCUUUUAAUCCCUGUGUUUUUUUCUGAUGACACUCAAAGUCUCCGGUCUGAUUGACAGCUGGCCGAGCAGGCGGGGAUCCCGGCGGGGGUCUUUAACGUGGUCCCGUGUUCCAGAGAGAAGACCCCGUCAGUCGGGGAGGUUCUCUGCACCGACCCUCUGGUGGCCAAGAUCUCCUUCACCGGCUCCACCGCCACCGGCAAGGUCAGCUCACAGUAAUACAGCCUGCAGCGCCCCCUGCUGGCUGACUGAGCUUUGACUCAUUUCAUCCAUCUCAGCGGUUAACAGACCCGUGUCCUCUCAGGUGCUGCUCAGAAUGGCGGCUGACACCGUAAAGAAGGCGUCCAUGGAGCUGGGAGGCCACGCCCCCUUUAUCGUGUUUGACAGCGCUGAUGUUGACAAAGCGGUGGCUGGAGCCAUGGCGUCCAAGUUCAGGAACUCUGGACAGGUAACAUGGAGGUCACAGAGAUCAUCCACCUGUCUUCUGUGUCCUCGCUGCUCUUCAUCUUCCUCUUCUUCUCCCUCAGACCUGCGUCUGCUCAAACCGCUUCCUGGUGCAGAGCGGGAUCCACGACCGCUUCAUGGAGAAACUGGGUCAGGCGAUGGACGCUGAGCUCCGUCUGGGUCACGGUUUGGAGCCCAACACCACGCAGGGGCCGCUCAUCAACUCCAGAGCUGCAGAGAAGGUCUGAGUCAGAGUCUGCGUCCGACGUUUUCAGACUCCUGAAUUAAUUUUUGUUAAAAUGAAGAAGAAAUGAAAUCAAAAGUUCUGUUGAACCCUCCGCUCUGGUUUUUAUCCAUCAGAGUCCGGAUGUCACAGUCCUCAGUAUCUCCAGCCUCUCUCUGUCCCUCAGGUCGCUCAUCAGGUAUCGGACGCCGUGACCCGGGGGGCGAAGGUGGUGAGAGGCGGGAAGCGUCUGGAAGGUUCCUUCAUGGAGCCGACUCUGCUGGCCGACGUCACCACAGACAUGCUGUGUACCCGUGAGGAGACGUUCGGCCCGCUGCUGCCCGUCAUCAGGUCAGCACCAAGAACCUUCUGGGAUUGUUGGACAUGUUGGUGUGACGUUUGUGUUCUCCUCUAAAAUGAUCCAAAGUCACCCUGAAGGUUCUUCUCAUGAUGGUCACGGGUGCAGCCGUGAUUCAUCUAACAGUGACGGUCUCAUGGACGUGACUCCAAGAUCAGCUACUACUAACCCUACUACUACUACUACUACUACUACUACUAACCCUAUUUCUACUUCUACUAACCCUACUUCUACUACUACUACUACUAACCCUACUACUACUACUACUACUACUACUACUACUACUACUACUAACUACUACUACUACUACUACUAACCUACUACUACUACUACUAACCCUACUACUACUACUACUACUAACCCUACUACUACUACUACUAACCCUACUACUACUACUACUAACCCUACUACUACUACUGCUGCUGGCCCUGCUGCUGCUGCUGGCCUGCUGCUGCUGCUGCUGCUGCUGCUGCUGCUGCUGCUGCUGGCCCUGCUGCUGCUGCUGCUGCUGCUGGCCCUGCUGCUGCUGCUGCUGGCCCUGCUGCUGCUGCUGGCCUGCUGCUGCUGCUGCUGGCCCUGCUGCUGCUGCUGCUGCUGCUGCUGGCCCUGCUGCUGCUGCUGCUGCUGCUGGCCCUGCUGCUGCUGCUGCUGGCCCUGCUGCUGCUGCUGGCCCUGCUGCUGCUGCUGCUGCUGCUGGCCCUGCUGCUGCUGCUGCUGGCCCUGCUGCUGCUGCUGCUGCUGCUGGCGCUGCUGCUGCUGCUGGCCCUGCUGCUGCUGCUGCUGGCCCUGCUGCUGCUGCUGGCCUGCUGCUGCUGCUGCUGCUGCUGGCCCUGCUGCUGCUGCUGGCCCUGCUGCUGCUGCUGCUGCUGGCCCUGCUGCUGCUGCUGCUGCUGGCCCUGCUGCUGCUGCUGCUGGCCCUGCUGCUGCUGCUGCUGGCCCUGGCUGCUGCUGCUGCUGCUGCUGCUGGCUGCUGCUGCUGCUGCUGCUGCUGGCCCUGCUGCUGCUGCUGCUGCUGGCCCUGCUGCUGCUGCUGCUGGCCCUGCUGCUGCUGCUGGCCCUGCUGCUGCUGCUGCUGCUGCUGGCCCUGCUGCUGCUGCUGCCCUGCUGCUGCUGCUGCUGCUGGCCCUGCUGCUGCUGCUGCUGCUGCUGGCCCUGCUGCUGCUGCUGCUGGCCCUGCUGCUGCUGCUGCUGCUGGCCCUGCUGCUGCUGCUGGCUGCUGCUGCUGCUGCUGCUGCUGCUGGCCCUGUUGUUGCUGCUGCUGGCCCUGCUGCUGCUGCUGCUGCUGGCCCUGCUGCUGCUGCUGCUGCUGCUGCUGCUGGCCCUGCUGCUGCUGCUGCUGGCCCUGCUGCUACUGCUACUAACCCUACUACUACUACUACUACUAACCCUACUACUACUGCUGCUACCCCUACUACUACUACUAACCCUACUACUUCUACUAACCCUGCUACUACUACUACUAACCCCUACUACUACUACUAACCCUACUACUACUACUAACCCUACUACUAAGAUCUGCUUCAAUAGUUAAUAUGGACUAAAAAAAUGAUUUUAAUAUAGAAACUAACAGAGUUUAGGACUCAAAGUCCUGCUGUAAUAUUGAAUAAUUACGACAGAGUGUUAGGUCCACUUUAAGAAGAAAACAAAAGUCAAGACCUCAAGAUUAAAGUCUUCAACUUACGAGAAUAAAGUGGUAAUAAAAUCAUUUCUCAGGAGAAUAAAGUGUUAAAGUAAAUUUGGUCUUAAAGCUGCUUCAGUGGAGGAGGAGACGUCUGAUCUGGUCACCUGCAGAGUUCAUCAGCAGGUCGAUCAGAGAGUUUUUGUGGUUUUCUAAGAAAUAAUCCGACUGAUGAUCAAUAUUUACGAUCCAGAGGGAGUCGAGCUCCGACGUGUCGGCACAACACCGACAGUAACCUCCACCUGCAGAGGCACCGAGUACAGAUUCAUACCAUAAACUAAAGUUAUAAACGGCUGCACUGAGGGACUGAAGCUCUGCACAGACACUUACAGACAUUUACAGACACUUACAGACAUUUACAGACAUUUACAGACAUCUACAGACACUUACAGACAUUUACAGACACUUACAGACAUUUACAGACACUUACAGACAUCUACAGACAUUUACAGACAUUUACAGACAUUUACAGACAUUUACAGACAUCUACAGACACUUACAGACACUUACAGACACUUACAGACAUUUACAGACACUUACAGACACUUCCCCCUCCUCAAAACCAGAGAUUCUCUACAGGUCCUCCUGGUUCUUUCUGCAGAAAAGUUGAAUUUCUUCAUUUGUCCUGAUCCGUCUGAUGAUGUGAUGCUGAAACACCAAAGAUUCAGAAUCUCCUUGUUUGUAAAACUGAGUUACUGAAGUUUAAUUCAUGGAAAUGCUCCACAGCGCUCAUUUCAACACCAGGUUAGAAUAUUAACUACGACUUUAUUUACAUAAGAAAUGAUUUUAUCAUGACCAUAUUCUCAUAAUCAUGAAGUCUUAAAUGUCCUUUUCUCUGACUGUGGCCCUCACUCCCUCAGAAAUACAGGAGCUGCAGUUUUUCGCUGGUUUUCAGGGUUUUUCUGUUUCGCAGGUUUAACACCGAGGACGAGGCUCUGGCUGUCGCUAACGCCUCGAAUGUUGGGCUGGCAGGUGAGUUCAUCUGUUUUUAAGAUUCUCACCUCGUGUUGACUAACCUCGACUUCACCGCAGCCUGACCCCUUUAAAGAGGACGUGUGAUUUUACUGUGAACACGAACCUUCCCUCCUAUAAAUAGUUGAAUUUGCUCUGAAGUUCAACUAUCGACUCAGAAGGAAGAAAAUCCUCAAACUCAUGAAACUCGAACCCGUCUGUUCGUUUCAAACCCUGACCAGCUUCAUUUCUCCAUCUUUAGGUUAUAUGUUUUCCCAGGAUGUGAGUCAGAUCUGGCGGGUGGCGGAGGCCUUGGAGGUCGGGAUAGUCGGCGUCAAUGAGGGUCUGCUGUCCACUCCAGAGGCCACGUUUGGCGGGGUCAAACAGUCCGGUCUGGGCCGUGAAGGAUCCAAGUACGGCAUCGACGAGUAUCUGGAAGUCAAGUAUAUGUGUUUCGGAGGUCUGAAGCCCUAAAAGAUGACGGCUCUCAAAUGUGCAGAAAUGGUCCAAUCAGCUCGUAGAUGUGGAGCUCGGGUCAAAUACUGACGACAGAGAGAAAAGUGUAGAAAAGUAGUCGAUUAACUUUUUAAAAUCUGCAAUAUAUUUCGUGUCCCUUUCUGGCAUGAUUGUGUAGCAGCCAGGAGGGGGCAGCACUGAUGAAACAGGGUCCUUUGAUUUUCAUUAUCAAACGUUUAAACUGAGAAUAUUCUGAACUACAGGACGUCCCAGCGGCUCCACAGUCAUCAGCUUUAUUUCUAGAACAAAAGAGACGAUAAACUCUCCGGACACUUCGCACAGAAAAAUGUCAAAACUCCCACAGAACCAGAAACUCAAAGACUGACACGCCUGCUGUGCUUAGUUACGGUUGCUAGGCUGUGAUUGGCUGGUUGCUGCGGUGUGGUGUUCUUGUAAACAUUACGGAACAUUUGUCCGCUCUCUCUGCGCUGUCUGACGUUUUUAUUUCUAUCAAACUCUAAAUUCCUGUAGGUUUAUUUUAACUGACAUAGCAGGAGCUUUAAACUGCGACAGAGAAAAAUUCACACAGAACAGAUUCAUUUAAGUCUGAAUUCACAUCCUAAAUGUUCAGUCCCUGGAUGUUCUCUCAGUUUCUAUGACUCUCUGUAAGGUGGCGUGGAUGAAGUUAGUUCAGAUAAAAUCCCCUUUUAAAAAAAAGCACAAACCCUUUUCUAGAUUUACUGACGUUGUUGGUGUGUUUUUGAUAUUCAGAUCCUCCGUCUGCUGCUGGCGUGUUCAGACUGACUCUGUGGAAUAAUUCAUGGAGGACAGUUCGGCAGUUAUUAAUCAUUUACAGCAGGAUUCUGAGCUGUGUUUGAGCUGAUUUAGACAAAUUUCAGUCCAAUCAAUAAAUAAAUGUGUAAAUAAAUACAGAGACCUGAUGUUGACCACGCAUGUCUGCAUGCCUCUGAUUGGUGGAGGAAAAUGAUGUCAUCCUUUUGUGUAAGACGACAGAAGCUCAGACCGCAGGGAGGAUUCGAGUUCGAUCUCUGAGCCGGAGGAAUAAAGUUCAAUGGUGUUGCCAAUCUAUAAAGUGCCAUAUUGAUUGUUUGAUUUGUUGUUCAUGUCUCUGCUGCCCUCUGGUGGUUCGUAGUGAUAAAUGUGCUGUUGAGACCUGCUGACCCUCACAGGACGAUAUUUCUGACUGAACCUUCAGAAAUGAAGACUGAGGGUUUUUAGAUGUCAGCAUCUUUUCUAUAAUCCAGUAUCAGUCUUUGAAAUUGUUCGGCUCAUUGUGUUUCUAAUGUCAAGUUUGUCUUAAUUGUAAUAUACUGCUGUAGUUAAUUUAAAGAGAGGAUAACUUUUAUAUUUCUGAGCUCAGAUGUUCAUGAAGAAUUAAAGCAGAAAUUCUAAUAUGA